AGUAAGUGCUCUUAGAUAUACUACAACAAGCUCAUGAAUGCCGGGUUGAGGUCUUAAAUCUUAAAGAAAGUUAAUUCUCUGUGAGCAAAAAGCUUGGCCUUGAACUUUUUCUACUUGAAAUUUCUGUCAGUUUCUUAAUAUGGCAGCAAAAGAAGGGAGUCGGUCUUUAGAGCAAACGCCAACUUGGGCAGUCGCAGCUGUCUGUUUUGUGCUGAUUUUGAUAUCAAUUAUCAUAGAACAUGUCAUCCACUUAAUUGGAAUGUGGUUAAAAAAGAGACAUAAGCGAGCUCUUUGUGAAGCACUUGAAAAGAUUAAAUCAGAGCUUGUGCUAUUCGGGUUCAUGUCAUUGCUCCUAACAGUGGGACAAGGAGUCGUAUCUGAUAUUUGCAUAUCAAAGGCUUUAGGGGCUACAUGGCAUCCUUGUAGCAAGAAACAGGAGAGUGAAUCAGACAAGAAUGAAGAUAAAUCUUCAGAUUCGGAUGAAAAACAUCUGAGAAGGCUCCUAACGUUUCAAGAUUCUGGUGGUGGUGGUCGAAGAGUUUUAGCAGCAGCAGGAUAUGACAAAUGUGCAGCCAAGGCAUUUCCAUUUGUCUCCACAGAUGGCAUUGACCAACUCCAUAUAUUCAUAUUUUUGUUAGCAAUUUCCCAUGUGCUUUAUUGUGUCAUCACCCUGGCAUUAGGCAGAGCUAAGAUGAGAAAAUGGAAGACAUGGGAAAUGGAAACUAGGACAGUAGACUAUCAGUUCUCACAUGACCCUGAGAGAUUUAGAUUUACAAGGGAUACAACUUUUGGUCGAAGGCACUUAAGCUUUUGGAGCCGCGCACCAGUCCUACUGUGGGUAGUCUGUUUCUUCAGGCAGUUCUUUAGAUCAGUUCCCAAAGUUGAUUACUUAACCCUACGCUAUGGGUUCAUUAUUGCUCAUUUGGCACCCCAGAGUGAGACGAAAUUUGAUUUCCAGAAGUACAUUAAGAGAUCGCUUGAAGAAGAUUUCAAAGUUGUCGUUGGAAUCAACCCAAUCAUCUGGUUCUUUGCAGUGUUAUUCCUACUGUUCAACACCCAUGGCACGUACUCUUAUUUGUGGUUGCCUUUCCUUCCUCUGAUUAUCAUCCUGCUGGUGGGUACAAAGCUUCAAGUUGUGAUAACUAAUAUGGGGCUGAGGAUUCAAGCAAGAGGAGAGGUAGUGAAGGGGACUCCAGUGGUGCAGCCAGGGAAUGACCACUUUUGGUUCAACCGUCCUCACCUCUUGCUCUACCUCAUUCACUUUGUACUCUUUCAGAAUGCCUUUCAACUAGCCUUCCUAGUAUGGACAUUGUAUGAGUUCAGCUUAAAAUCUUGCUUCCAUGAGAAGCGGGGCGAUAUAAUCAUCAGGACAUCAAUGGGGAUGCUCAUACAAAUACUAUGCAGCUAUGUGACUCUUCCUCUAUAUGCAUUGGUGACACAGAUGGGUUCAACCAUGAAGCCUACCAUCUUCAAUGAGAGAAUAGCAAAUGCUCUGCGGAACUGGCACCAGGAAGCUAAGAAACACAUUAAACAUAAUCGGCAUUCAGGCACGAUGACCCCAUUUUCAAGCAGAUCAGACACUCCAUCAAGGGGUGUGACCCCUCUUCACCUCCUUCACAACCAUAGAGGUGAAGCAGACAGUUCCCAAACAUCACCAAGGGGGUCUAAUUUUGGUAAUGAAGGCUGGGAAAUAGAAGGGCCUGAUAGGGGUCAAGUCGCAGAACAGAAACACAAAGCUACUAAUAAAGUAGAUAAUCCUUCCCAACAUGAAAUCGAGAUUGAACCUUAUGAUUUCUCAUUUGAUCAAAGAGCAAGAAAGUGAAAACUGCUUGUUUAGAGUUGUUAUCCGGAAAAAACUCAAAACAUAGGCUUUUUCUACCAAUAGUUUCCAAUACAGCAAUCGUCACAAUGUAUGAAAUUUAAACUAUAAUUGAAAGUGAAUAGCAGAGAAGAGCCAACCCAAUUUUCAAGCAACUUUCAUUUUGUUUAUAAUAAACAUUAUUCAAUCAUUAGUUAUCUUUAUGAUCCAAAGAGUUCUAAUGGGAAUUCCAUGGACAUUUGUUU